CGCACACACUCACACACACACACACACUCAGAUGUGGUUGGCCGAAAAAUAGGAAGUCUGCUGUGAGAACUGUGAUGAUGUCAGCAGUUUGAGCUUCAUUCCCAGAUGCGCUUCUGUAAUCAAACCAGUCCAGUGGCAGACCUCUACCCGUCUAACUCACACAACCUUUACACCAGCGGACGGCGUCUUCUGGACAAAUGCGCUACACCUUCAAGCCGGAUGACUGUAUGGUCAUCACCAUUCCUCUCGCCAGCAUCAGGAAUAUGAACGACGGGCAGCUGAUGCCCGAGAAGUUCACCUGCGUCUUCAAAGAUGCGUACAAGGUGUUUCUCAAAGGACGACCGAAGGAACUCGGGGCAGCACAACUCAGCAUUGGGAUAUUUGUGAUUUGUGUCGGUGCUCUCAUGGUUCAAGAAUACGGUUCAUCUCAUUUAACGUUCACUUUACCCAGCGCCCUGUUUAUUUUAAGUGGCAUUCUGACAUUUGCAGCCGGAAGUUCUCCAUUCAUGCCCGUGGUCAAGCUGUCCUUCAUAUUCAACAUCAUCAGCCUUUUCUGGGCCAUUGCCGCUCUAGUUAUCUGCCCGUUACUAGACAGAGAGCCACCAUACAGGAGAGAAGACUCAUCAGUACGCAGUACAGAGCGCAUGUUUAUUGGACUGAAGGUGGUGGUCAGUAUAUUGUGUGUUUUUGAGUUGAUUCUCGCUCUUAUCCUGAUCUUCUGGGAAAGUAAAGCCGUGUGCAAACCUCACUUCAACACUCUGGUAAUGCUGAUACUGAUUAAAAAGAAAGAUAACAUGACAAUAUCCACUCUUAAAACGUAUAAAGCUCAUGUUUUAUUUCAAUACAGCCCUUGAUCAGCAUAAAGCAAGAAGUUUGAUGGGACGGAUCGGUUGCCAACAUUGCUACACCUUGAGAAGACAUGUCCCAUAAAUGACCCAAUGUUUAAAUUAUUGCUUGUUUUAUUCUACUUUAGACCUGUGGGGCAACUGGUAGUGUUGCGCAACAAUGCCGAAGUCUUGGGUUUGAUUCCUGGGAAUGCAUGUAUUAUAUG